GUCUCAAUGGAUACGUGGAACUUCUUCUAUACUUGCCUGGUUUCCUUAUGGCUGCACAGAUUUUACAUCUAUUUUGCUGUUGUUUUUGGAAUCAGCAUUUGGAUUAUGAUUCAGUUCACCACCACCAAAACCAAAAAGAAGGGUGAAAAAUCCAACGGGAAUCCCACUUCUGAAGGAGCAGAAGACAAACUGGUAAAUGGAUAUACCACCCUGCAGGCAAAGGAGGUCUAUGUUGCUGGGGUAAAGAUUUUCUAUGGGUCUCAGACUGGCACAGCAAAGAGAUUUGCUAAAGGUCUGGCUGAAGCAGUCAUUUCCCUUAGUUUGCCUGUGGAAGUCAUUAGCAUGGGAGACUAUGACCCAGAUGAUUGUUUAUCAGAGGAGACAACCAGCAGGAACAUUUGUGUGUUCUUGGUAGCUACAUACACAGAUGGUCAACCAACCGAGAGUGCAGCGUGGUUCUGCAAGUGGUUAGAAGAAGCUGUGAAUGACUUCCGCUUUGGGAAAACGUAUCUGAAAGGCCUGAGAUAUGCUGUGUUUGGCUUGGGAAACUCAGUCUAUGUUGAUCAUUACAACACAGUUGGAAGAAAUAUUGACAGGUGGCUGUGGAUGCUCAGUGCCAGCCGUAUCAUGACUCGUGCCGAGGGGGACUGUAAUGUGGCCCAGAGCAAGCAUGGCAGCAUUGAAGCUGACUUUGAAGCCUGGAAAGUCAAGUUCCUCAGUCGACUUCAGGCGCUCUGCAGAGGGGAAAAGAAGCCCUGCGAUGGGAAGUGCAAGAAAGGGAAGUGCAAAUCUCCGGGGAAGCAGAGCAAGGAGAGCUCAGAUCAUCAGCGUGGGGCAUCAGAAUACAGGAAUACUGAGGCGGAGUUGUUUGAAACCAGUAGUGAGGAGGAGGCUGAUGCUGCGGAAGCUGGCGGCACAAAUUCUGUUGUCGAUGUUGAAGAUCUCGGCAAUAUCAUGAGCCACAUGAAGAAAGCGAAGGGAGAACAUGAGCUCAAGGAAGGAGAUGUUGGAACGAGCUUGACUCGAGAGAACGCUGGGAGGAAGGAGGAGGGUGAAAAGAGAGAGAUGAUAACCCCUGCUCUGAGGGAAGCGCUCACAAAACAAGGUUACAAACUGAUUGGAAGCCAUUCUGGGGUGAAGCUCUGCCGAUGGACAAAGUCGAUGCUUCGAGGCCGAGGAGGGUGCUACAAACACACAUUUUACGGAAUUGAGAGCCACCGCUGCAUGGAGGCCACGCCGAGCCUGGCUUGUGCAAACAAAUGUGUCUUUUGCUGGAGACAUCAUACAAAUCCAGUGGGCACAGAGUGGCGAUGGAAGAUGGACCAACCUGAAGUGAUCUUGCAGGAGGCUAUUGAGAACCAUCAGAAUAUGAUCAAGCAGUUCAAAGGCGUAUCAGGAGUAAAAGCAGAUCGCUUUGAGGAAGCAAUGACAGCAAAGCACUGCGCACUGUCACUGGUGGGAGAGCCCAUCAUGUACCCGGAGAUCAAUCGAUUUGUGAAGCUCCUGCACCAGAACAGCAUCUCUAGUUUCCUGGUUACAAAUGCACAGUUCCCAGAUGAGAUUAGGUAA